AUGAUGUCUAUAAUUCAUACACGUCAUCAAGCAGAGUUCGAGCUACGCCUGAAACUUAUUCAACCGGCUUUGGAUCGCGUUAAGUUAAUGCUGCGUCAUGGUCAAAAGCAGAAGAGACUGGUAAAUAGUCAGAUUUACGUGUCCGGAGAAUGCGCGGCAUGGCUAGUCGGUCGCGCCGAAAGAUUUAAUGUCAUUGACAUUUUUGCCAUGGGAUAUACACUAGACGAUUUUACUUUCCCUUCCAACGAGACAAACGAAGAGAUGACGGAAUUCUAUACCGCCAAUUUUACACAGGCAAUCGAUUUCUAUACAGAUGGUACUGAUUCCAAACCGCCUAUAAAGGUAAUAUUCUCGAAUUUUGAUUUUACGGUGGUAUCAGUUUUUAUCAACCUAUUCGACACCGGAUUAAUUUUUACCAAUGAUUGUCUGUGUAAUUACUGGAGGUGCACGGUGACUAAUGACGGCUGCCUGAUACAUGGUGAGGUUGACUAUCCACAAUUGUUUGAUAUGUCAUACGAUAAAAAAACAUUAAUGGCUUUUCCAAAGUUAAGGCCUGAAAUUCGAAACUUUUUUCAUGGAAAUAUCCGCAGUCGUGAGGAGUAUAUUGCCAAAAUGUCUGUUGAACCCGGUCGUAGGAAUAAGUAUUCUAUGAGCUUGUUUCCUAACACAUUGACUACUACUAAACCUCGCGACUUGGCCAUGUCAUUUUGUGAUUAUAAAAUGUAUUGUCGGUACUGUCAGCGUCGCCAUAACUUGGCAGUCAAGUAUAUAAAUUUAUGGAGACAUAAGACAUAUGCAAUGCCACACGGUUAUGGCUAUAAAGCAGCUUUAGCGCGUUUUAAAACACAGAAAACCAUGGAUAGUUACGAUAAUGUCUGCAUUGUCAAUCUCUGUACAUGUAAAAAUAUACAAUCAGCAUCAUUAUGAGUAUUUUCAGCCAUUUUGAAGAAAACCAGACCAUCAGUGUUCAGGGAUAUAUAAAUUUAGAUUUCUGUCUGAUAUCAAUUUGUAUUGACGGUUUUUAAACUAGAUUUUUAUCAAUCUUACAGAAUACAAGACGAAAUAUAAGAUAAGGUAAACUAUAUUCCUAUAUCCUAUUAUACAAAAGAUCGAUAGAGUGGUAGGUAGGUACUUGAGAUGGUGCAUUUAAACAUGAUUUAUCCAUAUUGA